CGGCACAACACAAAACACUGAGCACAAUUAGAAAAUACCAAUUACAAUGGUUGCAGUACAUUGUGUGCAGUAGUGUGUGCGUUUUUUCGAACUUACUGUAUCGCAACUUUCGGAAAGUGAAGUGUUUUUGUGUUUCCAGCACUUUUGCCCUAUGCAAUGAAUAACAUUUAGUGGACGUGUGUGCAAUGUUUGUAAAUCUCUCAUGAAAAUCCAUCGAAAGCUUUUCUCACCGGUACUUGGUAACGCGAACUAACCGCAAACGCAUCACACGUAACUUAAUUCCAUUGAGUACAAUGGCCUGCCCCAUCUAUAAGCUGCUGCUAUUCAUUGCCCUACUGAUAAUUCAAGUGAUAGCCACCUGCAAAGCCACUUUAAUAGCCAACGAGGAUGAGCAGAAUAACGGCGGCCGGGUGUCCAGUGUAGACUGGGAGGUCACUUAUAGUCCGCCUAAUCUUAAUAUGGAUAUGGAUACGAUGCGAAACGUAACCGUACGAAUCGAUCACAUCAAGCCGACGGAUUUGGACGACAUUCGUACAAUACAAUUAAAAAGCGAGCGGGAACACGUGGCCUGGGUUGAGAACGGUACGAUCGUUAUUGAGCCCCUCGUCGCGUCUGUAGCGUACAAUGGGUCGUUUAGCAUCGUUGCGAACUUUCUUGGACAGACAAAACUUUUCGUUGAAUUGGUGCGCAAGAACGGGUCUACCGAGCGGCUUCAAUCGUCCACCCUUCCCGUGACCGUGAUCCGUCCCGAACGCGUCAUUGAUCACGUCUUCACUGGCUCCGUCAUACUGCUAAUAUCAAUCCUGUACAUCAACUUCGGCGCAGCGAUGGACGUCGGAGCACUGAGACAGAUCGUUCGUCGACCCGUUGGUCCCGUGAUAGGAUUUAUCUGCCAAUUUGUAUUUAUGCCACUGUUAAGCUACGGGCUGGGACAUUUGCUUUUCCCCGAUAACUACGAGCUCCAGCUUGGACUGUUCUUUACCGGCGUUUCUCCAGCCGGAGGUGCCUCCAAUAUCUGGACUGUAGCGCUGGGCGGGAAUCUUACACUUUCCAUUGCCAUGACCACUAUCAGCACGCUGGCAGCAUUCGGUAUGAUGCCUUUGUGGAUUUUUACCCUCGGUCGUACUAUUUUCCAGCGCGCAAAUCUUGUCGUACCGUACAGCCGCAUUGCCUACACAGCCGUUGGGUUAGUUGUACCAAUUAGCGCUGGGUUGCUCAUACAACGUUACUGUCCCCGAUUUAGCAACCUACUGGUACGCAUUCUUAAGCCCAUGUCCGUGAUAUUAAUCCUGUUCAUCGUCAUAUUUGCCAUUGUCACCAACCUGUACCUGUUUGAGCUGUUCUCAUGGCAAAUCAUCCUCGCUGGGUUGGGACUGCCGUUGAUUGGUUACUGUUUCGGAUUUCUGGCAAGCCACCUGAUGCGUCUGCCUCUUGCUGAUUCGUUAGCCAUCUCCGUCGAAACGGGCAUCCAGAAUACCGGUAUCGCGAUCUUCCUGUUGCGCUUUGCCCUGGAACAACCGGCAGCCGAUCUAACGACAGUUAUGCCUGUCUCGAAUGCAAUUAUGACACCGCUGCCUUUGCUCUUGCUUCUGAUCGGUCUACGGAUUCAUGAACGAGCAAGACGACGGGCUGAAAACAGUUUAAUACCGAAAUACGAUACGAAUCCGGUAGAGGCACUAGCCUCCUAGUAGCAACAACAUGAAUCUACGAUCUUCCCUGGUGGUGGUGCUGAUGGUAGCGAAUUAAACAUUCACAUCAGAAAGUGAUUUUUUGUACAUCGAAAUACAGAAAAAGCCGUUUAUUCU